AACAGGUUUUAAACAACCCAAUCUUAAAAUAGACCCCCUAUAUUCAACUCCAUAUUAUUCAUGUUAAACACCAGCACAGGAUAGUUGGUUGGUUUGGGAUAUUUUGUCUAGCAAGGAAAUAAUGAUAGAAUGAUGUGAAAAAAGCAGACGCGAAAUUCAUUCCCACCAGUAUUCAACCAGAAAUCCAAGAUGUCUGCCAUACAUCGAUUACUAAUUACACUCGAACACGACAUCGACGAACAAUAUCAGUAUCAACCAGGGGAGAUAAUCAGAGGACAUAUUAUCGCUACAUUAUCCAGGAACGAACAAAUUCGUAAUAUUACUAUCAGUAUAUUUGGUGAGGGUAAUGUAGGUUGGGAAGAUGAAAAAACAGGAGAAAACAACCAAGCGAGUGAAACGUAUAUCGAUUCAAAAACUGUCAUAAUGGAAUCUCAAAUGGGAAAACCCCUAGUUCUAAAGCAAGGUCAUCGAGAAUUCCCAUUCGAGUACGAACUUCCUGAAAACUUGCCGUCAUCGUUUAUCGGAAAACACGGAAGUGUGACGUACAUUUUAAAAGGAAUGGUGAUAGAUUAUAAGAACAAUGUGGCGGCCAUUACCAGUGAACCGUUUUUAGUCUUACGGAAAAAGCCGUUACCUGAAUCCAUCGAGAGUCCAAUGUUACUCGGAGGCUCGAAAAGGGUCUGGGGUGGAUGCAGUCUGGGUAAAAUUACCGUCAGUGCAGCCGUGAACAAACAUGGUGGAAUCCCUGGCGAAGAUAUCUUGAUCAAUAUGGAUGUUAAAAAUCGUAGUGGAUGUAUGGUGAAAGCGAUACAAGCCUCAGUUAACAUGCAUAGUAUUUAUCACGCUGGCAAAAAAACAACAAGCUUCAGUCAGUGUGUGAAUCGAAAACGAGAUGAACCUCAUAUGGAAAAAAACGAGGGGCGACGCUGGAUGAAUUCACGUUUAACUGUACCACCCUAUAUCCCAGAAACCAAACUAGAACAUUGUGACAUCAUAGAGAUUCAUUAUACGUUUCAAAUCCGACUAGAAAUUGAAGGAAACCAUGAAAUUUGUUUGGAAAGUCCGUUACUUAUCGGUGCUCAUCCUGCAGGCCUGGAACUUCCCAAUAAAAAUUAUUCAAGGAACAGUAUUAACAGUGAAUGGACUGUCCGUGCACGUGGACUCGUCAUGGAACAACAAGUGAUGCUUUCCCUGAAAGAGGAAGACGAAAUGAAAGAAUGGUAUGGUGGAGUGAUUCCUGAACUACGUAGUGAUGCGGCUAUAAGUAAUCCUUUAUUCCGUCAAGGUUCGUUUCUCAAUAAACAAGGACGAUAUCCAGAAGUGUUGGAAUAUAAACGUAAACAAAAUGGACACUUGGAAGAACUCCCAGAAAUUAUGGAGAGCACUAAACUGUAG